CCCGCAUCAUAACUGACAGUAGGAUAUUCCGACCUUUCAAAUUUCAAGCAAAUUAUACGUUAGAGAAUUUGCGUGUUUUCAGUUAUGUCUGACCCAGGAAAACCUCUUCAUAUUUCGAUUCCGAAAGAUGAAAAACUGCAGGGCGAAGCAACCCCCGGUGAGAAGAUCAUCUCGAACGUUGAAAUUCCCAUUGACGGAACGGCAAACGCAAUAAAAUCAGAACAUUACUUCGACUUCCCUCCCAGAGAUGAGAGCAGGACCAUCGAUAUGGACGAUAAAAGGAAAAUUGAUGUGAAUGAAACGAUCAACGAACCAAAAACGGAAAUAUUCGAUUUGAAUGAGGCCAAAGCUGCUCUGAAUAGACUUGGUAACAAUUUAAAAGCUAACACGUUUCCAAGACAAAUAGGUUUGGGGACAUCAUCGGGGAUACUAGCAGGAUUUUUGUCAAUGAAAGUGGGCAGACUGACCGCUUUGGCUGUUGGAGGAGGGAUAAUAAUUUACGAGAUCGCCCACCAUAACAAAAUCGUCACGAAAGAUUUAGAAAGCAUUUCCAAGCAGAUCAAGGAAAAGAAUUAUCUGAACAGCCCGAAGGCCAAAAAAGCCCAGGAACUGUUCGCGCAUGUCAAGAAAUUCGUAGGAAGGAACAAAAUCUUUUCGGUUGGACUCCUGGGAGGUUUUCUCGUGGGUACUGGAAUAAAUUAUUGAGUGUCCGUGGUUUUCACGUUUAAGCUGUGUUGUUGGUUCGAAUUAAUUUUCUCAUAUUUAUGCUCAUUUUUAAUAAAAACUUCACCAAAAAAUGA